UCUACAGCGAUGACCAACACAAUAACAUGAACAUUGUGUUCGAUUUCCAUUCGGUUUACAGAGUCCUUAAUCCAAAUUUAGUUUUUCAUGUAGACGACUACAUGGAUCUUGAUUAUAUCAACAAUUGGGUAACACGAAUCGAAGAUAUAAGUCAUGAGUUCAAUAGAGAUUGGCUAAUCGGUGGCGACAGGGAUCAGAUACAGGCCAUUGUGCAUCAGAUCCUCGAGAUUCUCGAAGUCCCCUUUCACCGGAGUAUAGUUGCUAGGGUAAGAGUGGAGACUGAUGUUUUCGUCCCGAGAUUUCCCGGUGUUGAUGUCAACGACGCGGAUGUGAAUCUUGCGGUGGCUCCGGCAAGUGAUGAGGCGGUGGAGUUACACUUUGAAGCGGUGGUUGUUGGGAAUGAUGAAGGCGUUUGUGUGAUUUGUAUGGAUACGAUCCGGGCUGAGUCGGGUGUGGCGGCGGCUCGAAUGCCGUGUUCGCACGUGUUUCAUCGCAACUGUGGAGAGGAGUGGCUUAGGAGGAGUGGGAUUUGUCCGAUUUCAGAUGCUCUGAGGAGGACAAAGUUCUUGAUCUUCACGGCCAUUGUACCUGCUUUCACCAAACGAGUAGGAGACACAACGCUUGCGUUUGUUACUAAGCCU